GUGGGGGGUGGAAACGAAGCCGUGGAGUCGGGAGAACGAUGGGAGUAACUGAGAUACCAUGAUGGAUAACCGUUUUGCUACUGCUCUGGUAAUUGCCUGUGUGCUCAGUCUUAUCUCUACCAUCUAUUUGGCAGCCUCAAUUGGCACAGAUUUUUGGUUUGAGUACCGUAACCCAUCACCUCCCGAAAAUAACAGUGAAAGUAAAGCCACUUGGGAUGAACUUUUUGGUGAAAAUGCAGAUGAAAACUCUUACACUGAAGCACUCUUUCGAUGGAAUGGCACCAUUGGGCUGUGGCGGAGAUGUAUCACGAUGUCUGAAAACUCUCAUUGGUAUAAUUCACCAGGUUUCAGUCAGUUCCUUCCAAACCUCAACACCACCAGCAGUAAAACAGGUGAGAUGGUCACAAAGUGUGUCAGCUUUUCUCUUUCGGAUCAAUUCAUGGAAAAAUACACAGAUCCUGGGAAUCAUAAUAGUGGCAUUGAUCUGAACCGAACCUAUCUCUGGCGCUUGCAGUUUCUCCUGCCUUUUGUCAGUUUAGGACUCAUGUGUUUUGGAGCACUUAUUGGAGUCUGUGCUUGUGCGUGCCACAGUCUCUAUCCUGCCAUUGCCACUGGAGUUCUCCACUUCCUAGCUGGUUUGUGCACACUGGGUUCAGUUGGCUGCUAUGUAGCUGGAAUUGAGCUGCUCCAUAAGAAACUACCUCCUCCUCCAGUGCAAGGCCAAUUUGGCUGGUCCUUCUGUCUGGCUUGUGUGUCAGCACCUCUGCAGUUCAUGGCCGCUGCCCUUUUCAUCUGGGCUGCACGCACAAACAGGAAAGAAUUCACACUUUUGAAAGCAUACCGAGUGGCAUAAUAAGAUCCUCAUUUUUCCUCAAGUCUCUUAUUUUCAUACUUUUAAAAAUCUCCUUGCUGUUUUUAUUAGUUAUUUAUCUGUUUCAGAGGAUGCAUGCUUCUAAUUACAUUUAUUUAAAUGGCUUGGAAUUGAAGAGACUUAGAGACCAGAUUAUGAGGAAUUGCUUUUUCUUGCCAGAGAUCUAUAAGAUUUCAACACAUUUUUUAAAUACAUCUGACAUACUUAUAUUUUCACAUCUAAACUUCAUCUGCAAAGCAAACAUAGGAUCCUUAAGGGGAUGAAAGGUCUUGAUGAAAUUAAAAUGGAUAGAAUGUGUAUCGGAUAAGCCAGGACCACUUUUUUCAAAGUGGUAAAUAUGCAGUCUCCUUGAAGGUUGUGAUAUAAUUUUGUUCCCAUCUUCAGAUCUAUUACUGUGUCUUUUUCAAUCUAUUCGGUCCAGAUUGUUAUAAAAUGGUUGACAACUGUGGAAUUUUUAAAUCUUGUGAAAUAGUUAUCAAGAUUGUGUGUGCAUUUCUCUCUCUCUCUUGUAAUAGAAGCAUCCAUAACAAGUUUUACUUUCUAAUUUGACAAAUAUAUCUGUAUAUAAAUCUGACUUUUUAAAUAUUUUAUUUAUGCAAUACUACAUUUUGUAGAAUUAUUAUUCAUGUCAUCUAAAUGAACAAUAUUGUUUUAAGAAAAUAAACCUGAGUUAAGACUCAUUAAUUUUACUGGAGUUGUAUGUGACUGAUAAUAGAAGAAAAUACAUGUGAUAUAACAUUUCAUUUUAAUGCACUUAACUAAAUUCUUGACAUCCAUCCUCUUCUUUUCAAAUCACAAGAUAUAUAAAGGGGAAAAAUGAAGAGUGCAUUGAUUUCGCUUCAAAUUAUAAAACCAAAUUAAGAAGAAAAGAUACAUAUUCAGUAAGAAAAUUUAUACAAUGCUUCCAACUUGACAUUAUCAAUAUUUGUACCAGAAUCCUUACAAAUAAAUAGCUACAUUUAGGCUGUAUCGUGCAAAGACUGUGUCCAGCCUUGCAGCUUCAAAUUAAAAUAC